AUGCCUGCUCGAAGCUCCGACGCGCAUUCGGCCUCGCGCUAUUCAUGCCUGCAGUGUCGCGAGGCGAAGCGGAAAUGCGACCUCCGCCCAAAGCAGCCCAAUACGUCCACAGCUUUCUCACCACCACUGCUUCUGUCGCCGCGCAACACACCAAGCCCGUCACAGGCGAGCACCCAGAGCAGGGAGGCCGCUGAGCCGCAGCAGCCGCGGAUUCAGCAAUCGACUCUUGUUGCCGAGCAUUUUCUGGACCCGGAGGUGUUCCAGAAUGCACAGCUGCUACUUCCCGCCCUGCAAAUCGACUCGCUGCUCACAGACGAGAUUGCUGCCACGGUUGGUACCGUUGCGGACAUUCGGGGGACGGCGCAGAAGCACUUUUCCACAGUGCAUGUCUGGAUGCCCAUAGUCUCCAAGAUUCAGUUCUACAAGCUGCUUCUCAAACGGCUGACAUAUAACCGCGCUGAGUUGCACCUGUUGUUGCUGGCCAUGCGGCUCAGCAGCGAUGCGGUAAACUUGAUGGCACGUACACCACUGUACGAGUUGACGAAGCAAUUUCAGCACUCCGUGCAGAAUUCCGGCAUUCUUUCGCUGCUUGCUCUUCAAGCCAGCAUAUUUAUAGCGUGCUACGAGCUAGGACAUGGCAUCUAUCCAGCUGCCUUUUUCUCCAUUGCCUCAUGUGCGCGGUACGCGAUAGCCCUCAGCGUCGACAGCUCCGUCAGUGAGCAUCCGGAUCCCGAAAUCGAGGCGUUCGACUUGGAAGAGUGUCGUCGCGUUUGGUGGGCCAUCCUUGCCAUGGACAGGUACGAAAUCUUUGACUCUGUUCAUGUUUGCUGGUUAUUCAUUGACGGCGGGGUGUCCAGAUUCAUCAACUUGUCGAAUCCCAAACGCCAGCUCGUAACGCCGGACCCCGACACGUCCAAUUACAUCCCCAUAGAUGACCAAAACUGGGAUAAUGGGACAACCGGGCCCGAAGAUGCAUGCACCCUCACCUCCGCGAAUACCUUGGAGAUGGGCCGCUUUGCUCGACUUGCGCAAGCAGCCCAUUUGCUGAGUUUGGCGAUAAAGGAUGUAGCAGAAGGCUCGCAUGACUCCGCGCAGCUUCGUCGCACAAUAUUUGCCUUGGUUCACGUAUCACGUCUCGAAGCCCGCGUGCGCAGACUGGAGCUCUGCACCCAAAUGUCGACAUGUUUCAGCGCAAUUCUCCUCCUUGAUAAUCCCACGUCACUUCAGAAUGUGGCCUCACGAGAGCUCCCUUCCCACUCGGAUACAGGCCGCUCUCCCGAGAGUUCGUCAGUCCUUGCGUCAACGAUAGAAAUGGCCGAGAGAAUCAUUGGGGCGCAUGAAUCAGUCAAGAAUGCUGUUUCACCGUUCGUUCUACAUCUCAACUACACGGCCGCGUCCAUUUACCUGCAGCAGGCCAUGGCAGAGCCUUCUAGCGACGCCGCCGGCCGCGUGGCGACGCUCAGAAAAUCCCUGAAGUUAUUCUCCCAACGGUGGCUCGUGGCUGGUAAGUGA